AUGUCUGCAUUGAGGAACAUCAAGUUCAAUCAAGAGGAAGACGGGGAACUGCCCAGCCUUGUGACAGGUGAAGAGGACAAUUUACAGGAAAUUUUGAAAAAUGUUUCGUAUGAUGGUGGAAAUAUUGUCAGUGACGCCAAAGUGGAGAGAGUGAACAAACAGGUCGAAAAUGUUUCUAAUGAUAUGACGAAUUUACUGAAGAGGAAGCGUAUUCCCGUGAGCAUUAUUACUGGUUAUCUAGGAUCGGGGAAGUCAACGUUAUUGGAAAAAAUUGCGCUAAAGGGUGCAGAUAGAAAAAUUGCUGUAAUUCUGAAUGAAUUUGGAGAUUCUAGUGAGAUUGAAAAAGCUAUGACCAUCAAGAACGGAUCCUCCACUUAUCAAGAAUGGCUGGAUUUAGGAAAUGGGUGUUUAUGUUGCUCACUGAAAAAUGUAGGUGUUAAAGCUAUCGAAGAUAUGGUGGAACGAUCGCCUGGUAAGAUCGAUUACAUUCUUUUAGAGACAUCUGGUAUUGCAGAUCCUGCUCCGAUUGCCAAGAUGUUCUGGCAAGAUGAAGGUCUGAAUAGUAGCGUUUAUAUUGAUGGGAUUAUAACCGUUCUGGACUGUGAACAUAUAUUAAAGUGUCUAGAUGACGUUUCCAUUGACGCUCACUGGCAUGGUGAUAAAGUCGGUUUGAAAGGAAAUCUGACUAUUGCGCACUUCCAAUUGGCUAUGGCUGAUCGAAUUAUAAUGAACAAAUACGAUAAUAUCGAGAAUUCACCCGAAAUGAUCAAGCAUUUGAAGGAUAGGGUACGGGAGAUCAACUCCAUUGCACCAAUGUACUUCACGAAGUACAGCGAGACUUCGAUUGACAAUUUGCUGGAUAUUCAUGCGUAUGACAGUAUGCGAAUAUCGGACAUCUUAGAUAGCAAUGCGGGGGAUGGGACAAUCCAUGACCAUCGAAUGGGCACAGUAAUGCUUACUUUUAGACCUUUGAAAAACGAAGAGGAGUAUAAUGAAAAGUUUAUCAAGCAGUUCUUGCAGCCUUUGUUAUGGAAGAAUUUCGGGGCGAUGACGGUGUUAGAAGGCGAUUCCCGGGAUAGCGAGUGUGAUUGGGAAGUGCAAAGGACUAAAGGUCUGAUAAUAAUAGAAGGUAAAAACCCUACUGCACGUGUAAUUCAGGGCGUCCGCGAUACCUAUGAUAUCUUUCCAGGUGAAUAUAACGAAGCCCGAAAGGAGUGUAAGAUUGUUCUAAUUGGGAAGUACCUGGAGAAGGUUUCCAUAGAGAAACUGCUACACAGAACAAUAAAAUAA